AUGAGAGGCGAUCAAAUCUCAGGUUAUCACGACGUCUUUGAUUUUGGACCAAGGCGACAUAUGCACGAUUCGCCAUGUAAACUGUCUCAGACUGUGUACUUACAAGCGAGAACAGUGUCUACAGAUGCUGACCUACAUCCCCUUCUCGGAGUUGCAGAGCGUAUCAAACUUCACGAGACUGCUCUGCAAGAGGCCAAGAGCGGAAGGAGAGACGUGCGACAGAUGAAUGACGAUAUACUCUCCAUUAGCGGAGAGGAGCUUCCGUCGCGGAAUGUAGGCAGUGUUGGUUUUGUUGUGCACCCAUCUGUCGUCCAUCUUGUCGAUUCUCACGGAUCUUGUCACUUCGUCUGGCCAUUCUUCGCCUCCGCCCUCUGCGCCAAGAACCCAUCAACAUCAUCAACACCUACUCAUCAACAUCAGCAGCUGAUGAAUCCGAACUGGAGGAAGUGA